CCUUAGCAAAUGCGUUGAAAUGACACGACGCUCGAUAUGAGCGAGUAAUCAUCACCGAAAUAUUAUUGUACGGGCAUUAUUUUGUAAUUUACCAUGUGUUUUUGAUUUUGGCGAAAGUCGAAUCGCGCACAUGAUACUUGCAUAAACGUCAGGCAGGGAUAUAUUAAAACGAUACGAAAGGGAAGGAAAACUAACUCGACGAGGGGACGAGCUGUUGGAAAAAGGGAAAGAUGACAGGUACAUCGAGACCUCGUAUCGAUUACACCACCGAGACAUUGAAGAUUACAAAAUACAGCAAUUACGUUGUAAAUUCACAAAGGCAACUGAGCAAAAAAGGUAUACGUUACAAUUGUAGCACGAACUAUUAAUAUUACAAAUCAAAAGAUCCUUGUCGAAUCGACACAUGGUCGGUAUGCACGAUAACGAAAGUGUUGGAGCAGCUAUUCCCUCGUGGCAGAAUGUGUUCGGAACAUCGUAAACGAGGAUCGUGAAAAAGCCAAUAACUGUAUAUUUCAUUGAUUAAGGGCAUUAGGCUCGAUUUGAAGUGCUAUUGUUCACAACAAUUUAGUGAACGAAACGUUCUGUGCAUUCAUGCCAAGCUAACGAAUCGACACAAUAGAGUUGAUUUUCGAGCAGGCGAUCGUUAAUUUUUUGUGGUACUUGACUUGGUGAAAUACAUUGAAAAUGAAUGAUCUUUUGAAAGAAUUGGAAGCUCUAAAAAUUACGGGCGAUUUCACCGUCGAAGGUCUAUGGACUACGUGCAUUGAUCUUAUUGAGAAGACUUACGUUCCUGAAAACUUAAUCGGCCAUGCCCGACCAUGCCAAGAAGAAGAUUUCGUAGAAUACCGAGUAUUCGUAGACAGAAAUUUGCGAAAUAUCCGUUCUAUGCUGCAACAUAUCGUUCGCACUCGCAAUGAACAACAUGUGCAAAUAUAUUUUAAUGCACCAACAGUAACAACUUUUGCUAUCAAACUGUUGCUGCUCAUCGGUGAACAACAUGAAAAGAAUGUUUGGAACACUAUCGAAUCAGUGUUUAUUUCGAAGGAAUUGACGAAUGGAUUCUUAGAGUUAUAUGGAUAUCAAAGUGUUGCACAGUUCUUAACAGAGCAAGAUAAUCUUAAUACACUACUGUUGGAGUUAAGACCUAAGUUAUUAAAAGACACUUGGAAGGCUUUUCCCGCAGCCUUAGCAUGUUAUAAGUGGAUUUUAUAUCAAGUUGAGAAACCAGCUUUGUACACCCAUAUAGAAAAUGUGCUUCCAACAGCUUUAAUAGUAAUUGACGAUUUUGUGCCAGAAAAUGUUGUUAUAGGUCUCGAAUGUUUACAUCAAAUUAUCCAACAUUCUCAUUUGAAAAAGGGAUUGGUUGAUAGUGGAUAUGCCAAUGCAAUUUUUCAUACUUUAGAGCGUUUAACUCAUAAGAGAGAAGCUAGAUACGUGAUUUUGGUAUAUUUAUGCAUAACAAGUUUACUAGCUACAAUAGAGCAUUGGGACAAAUUUUUAAAUGUAUUUGAAUGGACAUUGAGAGACAACAUCCUGGCUGUACUACUGGAUAAUAUAGAGUUUGAACAAUGUGUAGAAUUAAGGCGUGUCUACAUGAUGAGCUUGCGCCAACUUUUAACUAACAAUGGUUGUGCCAAAUGGUGUAAGAGGCUAACGAGAAUACUUUCUGAAUAUUGCGAACAUCAUACAGACCUCAAGACAUUGAAAGCAACAUUGGAGACUGCGAAAACCUUCGUUGUGAUGUUUCACCUUCGCGCGGCUGCUCACUGCGCACCUUUGUACACAGCAUUUUUAAAACUGCAUCAUGAUUUAACAAAAACUCCGGUACUUGACAAAGAAAUAAUGCAAAAUUUAGAGGACUGUAUUUGUUUGUUGUAUAAAUUAUCUCCGAAUGUUGGGUGUGUAGUUAUGAACGAUGAUAGAAUACAGUCAUUGAUUAAAAAUAGCCUACCAGUAGUAUGCUUAGGUGAUACCAAAUAUUUUCAAUAAAUAAAAUGUGUAAACUUAUCGUAAACUGUAUCUAAUAAAUCAUUAUUUAAGAAGAAAAUUAUUUUUUGUAGCUUCGUAGAAUGUAGCAUGACGAAAUAUAAUAAUAAGUACUUAGUUCUCAUUUUUG